AUGCUUCCUGCCAAGUCUGUCUCCUUUGAGCUCCUCCUGGACGAGGGCUCAAAGACGAGGGCACGUAUCCCACUCCGAGUGGUGCUUAAUACCCAUGAUAGUACCGAGUCUAUCAUCACCACAGUCAAGAAUUUCUACGGCAUAUAUGACGGCCAUGGAGUGACCUUUGAAGAUGCCUUGGGAAACACAUUGAUUGCCUCGUACGACAAUCUGGCUCACAACUCCACCGUUCAUGUGCGCAUUGUGCCGGCUCUACAAGCUACAGCAAAUGCGAACCCACAUGGAUUCCAUCUUGAGAAUGGCUAUGAACCUAGACGACGGCCCAGUUUAGGUGAGCCGUUCUCGAUGCUCCCUCCUCAUUUGCGCGAGCAGUCUCAGUCGCCUUCGAGGCCUGCCUCGCGGGUUGCGCGGAAACGGAGCACAUCUCCUACUCAGGGUCGAGGUCGUCGCAGUGCAUCCCAACAGAAAGGCACUUCCUAUGGUGCUGCCAGUCGUGGUUCUAGUGCCAACGGAAGCUUCCACGAGGACAAUGGAUACAGCGAUAGUGAGGCUGGGCGCAGUUCAAUCUCCGGGUCCAAGAAAGCCAAAAGCGAGCAAUUCGCCAGCUCGGACAUCAGUACAGCCAACGUCCUGCAAGAUGGUCGACGCGGGCAGCCAAUCUUUGACAGCUCGACCUUGCCUCUUUUCGUCCCUCCUCAGGUACCUGUGACUGCCUCCCAGUCUUCCAUAUCACCUCAGCGACGUUCGCUCCCACAGGAGGGGCCCUCCCCUCUACACCCUCCUGGGCAGAAGCUGUACGGAUAUGGACAAGUUCCAGUUUUUUCCCCACAAAGUUACGGACAGAAUUCCAAUGGCUUUGCCUAUGGAUAUGGCGGAGUCGAGGCAGUUGCAGAAAUGGGGACACCAGUGCACCAACAUGGCCACCGACUUCGAGACAGGUCGAGUAUGCAGCAAGGCCAUAAUGGGAGGCAAGGAUUUGUUGGCAAUGGGGUGCUCCCAACUCCAGACCCCACCGUGGCCAGCUGCAUUUCAGAUGAAGACGUCGCCCGUACCCUGAUUGCUCUUGGAGACGCGUCGAACUACUCCCAUGGACGCACCUCCAAUUCCACGAUGGACGAAACUUUUAGUGCUGUUGCCGACGCGGCUUCCUCUACUGGUGCUACAAGCGACAGUGAUGAGUAUAGCGAUGCGGAGGCAGCGUCGCCUAAACACAGGAAGUAUCUGGAAGAGAACGAUGCAGAUUAUGCUCAUGACGGCACUAAGGGUGAACUUGACGAGUAUGAUGGUCCUCCGAAGACAAAGAAAAUCAAGACAAAGAUGCAUGAUGGACCCAGCAAUGGCUUCCGAGUCAAGUCCACAUCAUCGAUGAAGAACAGCAAGUCAACGAAGCCUCGGACAAAUUCGUUGUCAAAGACAAAGUCAGUACAACCAGGACUGAUGAAAGCACCAUCCAUCCCUGCCUCUGCCGGGCAAGUCAGGAAAUCGUCGGGUUCUAGCCUCAACUUUCAACAUUCGCUCGGCGCAGAUGAAGAAGAUCUGUCUUCCAAACCACGUUGCCAGCGAUGCCGGAAGAGCAAGAAAGGUUGCGACCGUCAACGGCCUUGCGGACGAUGCAAGGACGCCGGUAUUGGCAUUGAAGGAUGUAUCAGCGAGGACGAAGGGAACGGACGAAAGGGCCGAUAUGGUAGGCACAUGGGAGUUUCUGUCAAGAAAACGGGCGACGGUGCCUUGGCCGACGAGCCUUACGAGAUUAUGACUGGAGUCGACAUGUCCGACGAGGCGGCUGGCAUGCACGGCAGUCCCGAGAAGAACAAGAAGAGAAAAAGAUGA